GUAAUGGAUUUCAAUUUAACAGUGAUUGACAGCGGUUUAUUGGAGAGUGACCAAUCAACGCGAGUUCUCACCGGCUGCUUCCUGUCUCUCCUCAUUCUUUCCACCCUGCUGGGAAACACGCUGGUCUGCGCAGCGGUCACCAAAUUCCGUCAUCUACGCUCCAAAGUCACUAACUUCUUCGUCAUUUCACUGGCUGUGUCAGACCUAUUGGUCGCCAUCUUGGUCAUGCCUUGGAAGGCUGUAACAGAAAUUGCUGGCUUCUGGCCUUUUGGAUCAUUCUGUGACAUCUGGGUGGCUUUUGAUAUCAUGUGCUCAACAGCAUCCAUCCUCAAUCUUUGUGUUAUCAGUGUAGACCGAUACUGGGCCAUUUCCAGUCCAUUCCGCUAUGAGAGAAAGAUGACUCCCAAGGUGGCAUUUGUGAUGAUCAGCACAGCUUGGACGUUGUCUGUGCUCAUCUCCUUUAUCCCAGUACAGCUGAACUGGCAUAAAGCGCAGCCAACGAGAAUGCUGAAUGCUUCUCAUGAGGCACUUUUAACAAACAACUGUGACUCUAGCCUCAACCGAACCUAUGCCAUUUCCUCCUCUCUCAUCAGCUUCUACAUCCCAGUGGCCAUCAUGAUUGUGACCUACACACAGAUUUACAGAAUAGCCCAGAAGCAGAUUAAGAGGAUCUCUGCACUGGAGAGGGCUGCUGAGAGCGCCAAGUUCCGACACAACAGCAUGGGCAGCAAUUGCAAUAUGGACUCUGAGAGCUCCUUUAAGAUGUCUUUCAAAAGGGAGACCAAGGUGCUAAAGACCCUCUCUGUUAUAAUGGGAGUAUUUGUAUGUUGCUGGUUGCCCUUCUUUGUCCUUAACUGCAUGGUGCCAUUUUGUGAGCGUAACCUUCCAUGUAUCAGUCCCACCACCUUUGACAUCUUCGUGUGGUUUGGAUGGGCAAACUCUUCUCUCAACCCUAUUAUAUAUGCCUUCAAUGCAGACUUCCGCCGAGCUUUUGCCAUUCUCUUGGGCUGCCCUAGGCUUUGCCCAGGUCACAAUGCUAUAGAGACACAUAGUCUGAACAAAAAUUGA